AUGGCUUCCUCCUCCUCUGCUGAGUUCAUCAACACGGUCAAGGCCGAGAAGGCUAAGGCCACACUCCGGUACCAGAGAAUGAGUCAGCUCAAGAUUCUCAUGCAUGUGGUCGAGGCCUGCGUGGCGUUGUUCAUCCUGAUCUCGUGGUGCUCUGGCGGUGGCUUCUCCCUUGUGGUCGACUCCUCCAUCGACCGCUCCCGCCGCCUCCUCGACCUCCUCAGGAAGCCUUUCACUGUCUUCAUCCUCAGCAACAUCAUCAUCGUAGUCAUCGCCCUUCUUUCUGGCUCUGGCGCGGGCAGCGAUAGGAAACAGAAGACUGGGCCAGAGGCUAACCUGUCUGAUAGAAUCUACGACGAGUACCUCUCUCGCCGGGGAGCCACCCACGUCAACAGCGUCCACACUCUGGUCCCAGAAAAGUCGCUGGACGAGGUAGGCCCGGCCAACAAUCUACAGAUCGUCCCUUAUGUUGCGGAGCAGCAAGAGCCUGCCAAGCCAGUCGCGUACAAGGUCUCUCGGGUUCCGGUUAGUUCGAGUUCUGCUGUUACGGUCGCUGAGGAGGGAUCACCAAGGCAUUACAGGAGGACAAGGUCGGCAGUGGUGGCGAAGCCAUGCAGGCAGGAAAAUGAUUGGGUGCUGAGGCGGUCCAUGACCGAGAAUGGCCGGACCACAGCACGCGGUGAGCUGGCGAGAGCGCCAUCAGUGGACGAUCUGAGCAAUGAAGAGUUUAAUCAGAAGGUGGAGAGCUACAUCGCGAGGACGAGGUGGUUCUUGCAGAGGGAGCUCAUGGCCGAUCCGACCGUCGUCCCGAAGGAGAGCCAUAAUAAUAGUAGCAUGGCCGUAAUUGUUAGAAAUUAA